UGUAAAAUUCCAAACUGUUGUUAUGUUUUAACAUUUUAUAACAAGAACAAUUCUGAAAUAACCCAGCAAUGUAUUAUGAUACAUUAUAUUUAUUUGUACUUUUGGAAACGGGCACAGCAAAGAAAGAAAUAUUAUAUAGCAUAUAAUGGACAGGAGAGAGGAAUUAUAAGGCUGUGAUUUCACAUGGAGUCAUUUGUGAAAAGGGCAAACCUCAUACAGUUUAUGUGUGUCAUCUGAAUCCCUGCAUUAUAUUGCAGUCCCUGAAAAAUCACUUGUCUGUUUUCUGUUAUUUACAAUGUUUUCAUUCUUCUUUAUCUCUAUUUUUUUUUCCUCUAUCUUACUUUUUGCAGAAAUGGUCCUCAGCAUCAGAAUGGUAGGAUGAGCUUGAGAAUUUUCUUUAUCUCUUGGUGUGCUGCAGUUCUCAUCUGGAUCCCAAGCCUUGCCCUUCUUGUUAAUAAAAGAUCAUGGAAAAGGAUUGACCUCUUGCCACUGUUUCCGAGGCACCAUAUUUUAGUCUCCUUAUAACAGACUACUGAAGGUGGUCUGAAAAUAUUGCCAGUUUACAGAGUACAGGGUACAAAUAUUGCCAGCUUACAAAGAUGCUUUGGGAAAAAUACUUCCCGAUUUAUCGAAGUGCUAUAUAUAUAUACAACUCCCCAACAAUUUUGAGAAUUAUCAUGUUGCAGGGGAAUUCAAAUAUUCAUUACACUAGAAAUGUGUCCUUUAGACUUGAGGAUUUUAGCAGCGACCCAAUUGAUUAAAAUAUUUGAGUACCAUUAGAGCACAAAUUGUCAAUUAUUUGGUAAUAUUACCCCAUAAAUUGUAAGUCUUGAUAAUGAAGGCCUUUUUUUUUAAAAAGGAACUGAAAUGUAUGCGUUAUGAGGGAGAUAGUUUAUUACAAAGUGAUAAUUGAAAUCAUGUUUUUCUUUGAACAUUUAAAAAUAUAGCAGAACACGAGUUAAUGCACUGGUUGAUUGUGUUACAAGUGAAUCCUCUAAGAACAAAGAGCGGUGUUAUAAAAAAAUCAUCUCUAGGCACACUCCGAUACAAAGUGAAUUGUUCCUAUUCACUAUGCAGGGCUCAUAUCAAUAAGCCAAAGGUAUUCAUAUUCAAGCCUCCAAAUAAUAAGUUAUUUUAACAAUGCAACAAAAAACAUAUUAUUUUUUUACCUUUGGCUUGUUCAAUUUAAAUUACCAGGUAAAGAAAGAAGGAGGAUUUUUUUUUAAUUUGAAAAAAAAUUACAGAUUUAUUAAGGAGAUAGUGGAAUCCAGUACAUCCCAGGAAAGGGAAAUGGAUAAGCAUUUUGGGAAUUAAAACAAGUCCUUGAAGUCUGAAAGAGAGAGAUAAGAGGACUAACAACGGCACCUUUUGUACGGUGACAUUUUAGGAGUCAAAAAGCGGUGGCGAUUUGCAUUGGUUACCAUAACCCGGGAUCAGGUGCAUUACAUUCAGUUGGGGCUUCUCUCCACGAGUCGCUACAACUUCUUGAAACAAUUCAGUCACCCUGUAUUUUGGUGACCUGAAGACACCCAGGAAAGUGCAUCCGGUUUUGAUUUUAAUGAAUCCAAUUGAGCAAAUUAUUGGGAGCAUCGGCAAUCCAGGCACUGGAUGUCAGUGGUUUUAAAAUAUAUGUUGGAUAUUAGCUAGUUAUUUCAGAAAAGUAAAAAUCCCGACUGAUUUGUGAAUCUAGUAUUCACUUGUUUUGAAACCGGUGCUGAUUGCUUUAACGCGCCGAGGGCAGGGGAAACUCUCGUGCCAAUGCGUUUAACAACUAAGUUUCUUGAGUUCUGUUGACCAAACUCACCUCCCUGCAUCUCCCAGAACCAAAUGAAUCCUUGCGUGAGUGCAGUUGCAGGAUAAUUAUUUGAUCUUCGUGCGUUGUGUGGUGCGGAAUAAUGGAAUGAAUGCUAAGUAGGACAGUGGCCGUUCACUGGAACCAUUCUAAUUUCGCCGUGUGGCAGGUAACCCCUUAAGCACCGCGGUGGGAGUUUUCGCCCGAAAUUAGAUACAACUCUUAUUCGUAUGUUGAUUCUGAAAAUGUGGAGGACAAAGCCCCAUUUCUGUGCCUUAUCUGGUCUGAGUUUGGAUCAGAAGUUGGCGGAAAAUCGUUUCCGAGGACGUUCGAAUGAAUGUACAUGAACUGUAAAAGAAAUCCUCGAUCUCCAAGAUGAAGUUGUUACAUUGCCUUACGAUUACAAACCUACUGUGCCGUGAAAAGGAACACAUUUUAUUUCAACACUCAUCCCGCACGGGUCUGAUACGAUGGUUUUUACCCACGUUUACCCACGUAGUUAAACUUUAAAAAAAAAUGUUUAGUUUUAUUCUUUCGCUGAAGUAUACAUAUUAUGACGAAGGAGUUAAAUCGUACAGGUUCUUGGACGGUGCUGGAAAUACAUUCCCAAAUCAAAAUAUUAAAAUACUAACAAGAUUGAAAGCUUUGGGAAUGAUUCAUUCCAAGAAUCAUGAAUCUUCUCCAAUAACAGAACACAUUUGGAAACAAUUUAAAAUGUGUCAGGUGCGAUUUUAAGCAUCAACUAUACAUAAUUUUGGAUAGCAGGUGCAAAGAUCCAACUAGUUCAUUUGAAACCGACUGAUUUAUUAAAGGACCCCCCCACCCCCACCCCCCCAAAAAAAUAACACCAACUUUAAAGGUUUCAGUCUUGAGUUGGAUCGGUUGUGUCAAUAUGAGAUGUCGACUAUUUUCCUCUCUACAUGAGGCGAAAUUGAAUCCAUAAGUAAUCAUAUUUAUUAAUGUCCUUAAUGACAAUAAUAAAAGUAAUUUCGUGUCUGUUUAAGGUGGGGGAGAUUCAGUGAUGGUUCUGCUUGUAUUUAAAUGUAAAGUGGGAUCUACCCCACCAGUUUUGAGAGAUCGUUUAAAAAAAAUCCUUUCUCUUAAUGCAUCACCUGUUAAGGUAGAUGUUCGGCGCUCUCUAAGAUUCAAACGUCUACUCCUUUUGCUCAGAGCCUGUUACUAUCUUUGCUUGUCGGAGUUUGUGGAGAAUACACAUGUGUUGGGUUUGAUAACCUCCCAUUAGUCCUGUUAAACCGCUGGCUCCUGGCAUAAUCAAAGGUAUUAGGGGCAGUCACCUUCACUUUGACAUAGGGACAGAGGGAGACUGCCUUUUUGAUAUUGAAAACGACCCCAAAUUCUUGCUCCAAAGUCGCCUCCAUUUAUAUUUACCUUCCCCAUUUUUGAUACAUUGUUUCAUCGCCUAAAAUAAAAGGAUAUUUCAUAUGGGGUUUUUUUUUUAAAUCGAGAUUUUCUUGCAGAAUUCGACGGGAAGCAGUCGUUCUGAUUUUGUUUAAUAUUGGGCGAGAGGAAAUUAUCCUGAAAUUGACAUGGGCAAAUCGGUGGUGGGUGAGGUGGACAUGAUCACUUUGAACUGUGCUCCUCAUAAUAUGUACAACUUGUUUUGUUUUUUUUGCCGUCACCGCAACCGCCCUGCAAGUCAUGCUAAGUGUUACCUGCGUGUGUAGUCUGCAACAGCACUGACUAAGAUCACCUACUCCACCGCCAGUAAGCGUAUCCUGCUGUUUGAGUUACAUCCUCCUAUCGGGUUACAGCAGGCACAAACACUACAGAUGUUCUGACAAGAGAAUCUUCCACUUCAGGUUGCGACUCAACAAAAGCGCAACCGGUUUGCAAAAGCCACGAUCGCGGCAAUGCGAGGUUAAUGCUGAGAACACCUUUCAUUAAAAAAAAUAUAUAUGAAUGUACGUGUCGAGCCUGAAUGUAGAAUCCUGGACGCCAUAUUCUUAUAGAAAUAAAAAAUGUACAAUUUAUAUCAAAUGAUCAUUAUAAAUUCCUCCCACGAAUGAAGCCUUCAAAUGAUUUCCUUUAAGUGGACGUAUGUAAUGUCUUAAUAUACAAUAUUCACGAUCCUAAGCACACUGAAUUUACGACUGAAUUAAAUGUGGAGAACCUGUUCAAUAAGUUUAUCUAAAACCACUAUGAGCUAAACACAUAACGGAGAGGGGACUCCUGGAUAAAUGCAAAGGCGAUUUUGGUGUUUAAAAAAAAAUAAAAUCGUAUAUUAGAUUAUUUUAACAUGGCCUUUCCUUUAAAAAUCAAUUCGCGCGUGUUCUACAUUUUUAAACUAGUAUCCUCUCCUUAUUAAUUGUUCGUGAUAACGAGUGCGAGAUGUUAAACCUCUCUCGCAGGUUAUUAAAAAAUAGCUCAAUUGAUCUGACCAGCAGGUAUCUGAAUAUUUUCUUUUGAGAAUAGGCAAAUAUUACAGACAGCCCAAGUCGCACUUGUGAGUUUGAACGGCAGGUAGUUGUUUACAUCACAAGGGCCCUGAUUGUGGAAUAUCUAAAGUAGCAUUUUAGCAGUGCAAGAUUGUCUAUAGCCAAACUAUUUGCUGAAUGUCGAACGCUGGUGCGGUAAAUUCGCGAUAAAGAACGCGGUAAAUUCUAUUGUAUUCUGGAAGGAUUUAGAUGAAAACAACAAUUCAUCUGGAUGUGUGCGCAUCCUUUAGUUCUUAAAGAUGGCCUGAAUUGUAUAAAUGUCCACAUGUAUCAUUCAUUAGCCGUAACUAACUUCACUAUUAAAAAUGUUAAAUCCCGGGUGCUCCAAACAUUCUAUUUUCAGUUCUCUCACCUACGGUGGGACAAUCUUGAAUCCGGCUUAUGAAACAUGUGUCAAGUGACCCUGUGUCGUUAAGGGCACGGUUCGAUGUUUGAACAUCAAAUUCUACUUUCCAACAUAGUGCACAUUAUCUAAAUUGGACUGAGAGUGGAACGGUAAAAUAGCGGGACAGGUCUCCACCCCAUGCUCUCAACACUCACUCGCUAACACUUUUGAAGAGAAGUACCGGGAACUGGUGCUUUGAUGUGGUUGUGACUCUCAAUAUAUUGCACACACAUAAAAAAAAAAGAAACAUGGGGAGGGAGAAGUGUAGCAGAGUCUGAAGGGAUUGGAAGUAUAGUGUCAUCCAAACAUUGGGCAAUUUUACUCUGAGAUAUACCGCAGUGAUCAAAGGUAAGAUGUGACAUGAUCGUAGCGCCACAAAGGUGAUGAAAUCGGGGAAAAUCCCCAGGUUUUCUUUAUAAAAACGGGCAUUCUAUCUGGAAAAAAAUACGUAGGAGUAUGACUAAUUCCCCUCGCGAUUUGAUAUCUUUACAAUGUAACAUCUAAAUCCUGAAAGGCGCGUCGCCCGCGUGGGAUAAGUACAAAAGAGUUUUUUUAAAAAGGGCAAAUUAUUGCUUACUGGGACUAACUUAUAUGUUGCAAUCAAACCUCUGCAAUCUUGGGAGUUAUUGGGAGGUUUUUUUCCUGCCUGGAGUUCUGUGACACUGUGUCAUUCUCUCUCUCUCUCUCUCUCUCUCUCUCUCUCUCUCUUUCUCAAUGCACUGCCCCCUGUUAGUCCGUCCGUCAGUCAGUGUAUCUGUGUCAGUCUCCAGCCCACACGUAACCGCGCUUGGAAUUGACGCACAGGCACUCAAAAGGCAGACAGACAGACUGACAGAUAGAUAGAUGGACGGGUCUUGACGGACGGAUGAGUACACAGAUGCCAGGGCGGAACCUGGAGUUGUUCUACACGUAUCACCUCCACACGCACUUCUAACAUUCAAGUGCAAGUGGGUCGGACAUUAUUUUUUCUAAUCUCUCCCCCACCCCCUUUUUAUUUCUUAAAAAAAAACAAAUUCAAGAGGAUUUGUGACUCAGAGCCUGCGAUCGCUAUGUUGUAGAAAUACGCCAGCCAAAUCGUCCGUUCGACCGUUCCAAGCGGAAGUUUUACUUUUAAAUUGCUGCCGCGACCGAGCUAAAAAUUGUGGAGAGGAAUGAUGCACUCACCGAUUGCGGAGCAGUAAUUCUGCGUGUGUGGGGCUCGGCGAGCGGACAGACGGGCAGGUUGGACGCGAGCCGCUUCUCUCAAGUUCGGACUGAACGUUUUCCAUCGCCCGUUUUUUUUGUUUUUUGCUCAUGGUGCCUUCGACAGACGAAGGGUCCGAUUCCGGGAGACCGUGUGUGGGAGAGCCGGCGACUCGACAACGGUGAGCAGCGAUCGCUGGAAGCCAGCCCAGCCCCUGCCUUAGUAGCGUGGAGUCGAGCGAAGCAGCCAGCGUUAAACACCUCCCACCCCUCCCUACCAAGCCCAAAAAACUGGCUGCAGAGCGACCGAGAGGGAGUAAGAACAAGGAAGAAAGUUCAGCAAAGUGCCCCAACAGUUAAUGCACGCACUCUGAGGUUUCUGCUUAUUAUUGCUUGGAUUCGACCAGCUGCUUUCUUUAUCAAAGGAGAAGAGGAACUUGUUUUUAAGAAAAAUAUUCUUUAUAGGGGUUUUACGGCACGGACUCGGCACAAAGAGAGGUGGGAGGUUGUGAAAAUACAAUUGUGUGCAGUAAUAUUACUGAAUAAGAUCAGUGGAAGGAAGAACGCGGCAGAGAAAGGGAGAGAGAGAGGCCCUCCUCUUCCCGUACGAGGCAUUCACUUCCUUAAAGGUGUAACGAAUCAAUCUGGAGCCGAGUUUCAACCAACCAAAAGUAGAAGAUUAAAAAAAACAUGCGAAAUCCAUGUUCUCUGCACAACUGUAACCCAAAUUAGCGGACAUUUUAUAUUAGAAAAACAGUAUUAAUUUGAAAGGAGGGGGAGACCUCUCUUCAAUUGGAGACUCAAUUGACAGUGACUUGGAAAGUUCACGUUGCAACAUCCCGCCUCUCCAACCACUCCAGAGACCGCCAACAGAAAGAAAUACCCGCAAGGCCAGCUGAACUGAAAUCUGACGUAGCUUUUCUUUUCGGCACAUAAGUUUGGAAUAUAGAGAUCCUGGAAAUCUGGAAGCGUCCCGGGGAAAUUGAGAUUUAAAGAAAGGUUGGGGGAGAAAAAAAAUCAAAAGCAAAUCUUACUGCCUGUCCUGUACGGCUGAAUCCUCGUCCAAGAAUUGCAAACAUUCUAUCGCCAGGGGAGGAAACAUUGCGAAGGGUUCAGUCAGUAGCGUAUCUCGCAGACAGAACGCCUCUUACAUUUGGAUCUCAAACAGACAACAAAUGCUGUUGCGCUGCGUUCAUAUUUCCUGAGAUAUUUGAGGACAGUGGUGUCCGUGGAGGAAGAGGAGAUUAUCCCUGGGUAUUGCUCGAUGGCUCUGUGGAUCCGUUGAGACUGUCUUGCACGGUGGAUUUUCCCGGAGCCUAACAGAGUUUUCACUCCGCCGCCUCCGCCCCCUUCACACACACAAAAAAAAUAAUAAUACUGAUGGUGCAGAAAUAGUUCACAGCUCCCUCACUAAACUAACUGUGUGUGAUGUCUUGGCUGCAUUGAUUGAAGUGCUGAAAGUGGGCAGAGAGGGAGAGACAAGAACCUGUGGUGCAGAGUAACUGGAGUGUGUGCCUGACUUAUGCGCAUGAAGCAGUGGCUGGAAUCCUUCUCACUCUCACUGUUAUCUCCUGUCACCGAGGAGCCCUGCGGAGCGGCCGAGGCGUUUUUCGAUAUCAAGACUACCCACACUACAAACCUUCAUCAGAGCGAGUGGGCUCCGCGUUAGAAACCCCCCCGCCUCCUCCUCUCUUUCAAGAUCUACAACUUUUCCUCUCCCCCUUCCCUCCCUGUCCACCACUCCUCUCUUAAUACAACCUCCCCAACAUACACACCCCCCCCUCCCCCUACCCCCCUCCAUCCCACCAACAACAACAAAAAACGCUACUUUUUCGCCUUCUGCCUUUUACUGGUCUGCAUGAAAACACCGAAAAUUAAAGUCAAAACUCCGGCAAGUCCCAACCGGCAUCAGAAGAAACCAAAGCCAUGCCGAGAAGAAAGCAACAAGCACCGCGACGCUCGGCAGCGUAUGUUCCUGAAGAAGAGCUGAAGGCAGCCGAACUUGACGAAGACCUUCCGGAGAAGGAACUGCCUCCGGAGGACGACCUGGACCACGAGUUCCAAUGCCCCGAAGAGGACGAGGAGAUCAAAGAGGAAGCCAGCUACCCGACCUCGCCGGCCAGCACGCCGGUACACCCGGACCCAGGUUACAGGUCCCCCGCCAGCGACACCAGCGACCCGCUGGCUGAUCUGCGGAGCAUCUCCUCCAAGGAAGGGCAGGAGAGGGAUGAAGGGGUGCCAGGUGAGGAUGUCCUGCAGGCUUCACGGGACAGCUUGGCCCAGAUGAAGGCGGCCUAUUCCAACCUCCUGAGCAGCUCCUACUGGACCAGCCUGGGCCUGAACCUGAAGAGCCCCAAUCAGGCCAGCGGCAGUGGCAGCAGCAACGGCAGCAGCCACAACGGCAAUGGCGGGGGUUUAGGCUACGACUGGCACCAGGCGGCCUUGGCUAAGACGCUCCAGCAGACGUCGUACGGGAUCAUCCCCGAGCCCAGCCUCUUCAGCACGGUGCAGCUUUACCGGCAGCAGAACAAGCUGUUCGGCUCCGUCUUCACCGGGGCCAGUAAGUUCCGCUGCAAGGACUGCAGCUCGGCCUACGACACCCUGGUCGACCUCACCGUGCACAUGAACGAGACCGGCCACUACCGCGACGACAACCGGGACCGGGACUCCGACAACCCCCGCAAGUGGUCCAAGCCCAGGAAGCGUUCCCUCAUGGAGAUGGAGGGCAAGGAGGAUGCCCAGAAGGUCCUGAAGUGCAUGUACUGUGGACACUCCUUUGAGUCAUUGCAGGACCUCAGCGUCCAUAUGAUCAAGACCAAGCACUACCAGAAAGUGCCUCUGAAGGAGCCCGUGCCAGCCCUGGCGUCCAAGCUCCUGCCCCCCAACAAGAGACGGGCCCAGCAGGAACCUCAGCCCUGCUCCCCGGAAUCUGCUUCCAACCCCUCGGGCCUACCCGCUGGAGAGUCGUCCUCGGGCCAGAGAGCGGCCAACCCUUACGUGACUCCCAACAAUCGCUACGGCUACCAGAAUGGAGCCAGCUACACCUGGCAGUUUGAAGCCCGGAAGGCGCAGAUCCUCAAGUGCAUGGAGUGCGGGAGCUCGCACGACACGUUGCAGCAGCUGACGGCCCACAUGAUGGUGACCGGCCACUUCUUGAAGGUCACCAACUCAGCCUCCAAGAAAGGCAAGCAGCUGGUGUUCGACACGGUGGUCGAGGAGAAAAUCCAGUCCAUUCCCUUGCCUCCAUCCGCACCGGCACGGCUCGUGGUCCCCACUGCCCAAGCCAAGCUCGAAACCUCCCCGCCGCCGAUGGCCGACGAGAGGAAGGAGCAGGAGGAAGAGCCGGCGGAAGAGGAUGAGAAAGAGAGGGAGAUAAAGGAGGAGCGGGAGGAUCCUGAGGAAAAGUCGGAGUCGACUUCCCAAUACCAGUAUCUGCGGGAGGAAGAUCUGGAUGAGAGUCCCAAGGGCGGAAUUGAUAUCCUGAAAUCUCUGGAGAACACGGUCGCCACCGCCAUCAACAAGGCUCAGAAUGGUGCCCCCACAUGGGGAGGCUAUCCUAGCAUCCAUGCUGCCUAUCAGCUCUCUGGAGCAAUAAGGCCUUUCCAUCCAGCAGUGCAGAAUGUACAGUCGACUCCAUUCUACACUAGCAACUUAAAGCCCCCGUCUUCCGAACAUCUUGCCAUGGUGGAGCCCUCAGAGUGCCAAUCGCCCCCGCCUCUGAAGAGCAACGUCCACGCCAUGGAGGAACUAGUAGAGAAGGUCACGGGGAAGAUGGCCGUCAAGGCUGAAGAAAAGGCGGCGGAGAAAGAGCGGAUGGUCACGCCCAGGAUCAAGGUGACCGGUGGCUCCUCGUCGCCCAGCGUGCGGGACCCUCCCAGAGCCGACGACAAUGACACAUCAACGCAAAUGUCGAGAGACGGCGACGGCCACGAGGUGAAAGUGAAGAAGGAGACCAAUUUGGACGGACCGUUCCCAAAUGGUAACGAGUGUUUGAGGUCAACAGUCAGCAAUGGGUGUAACAGUAUGGCAAUCAUCACUGACCAGUCACCCGAGUCCCCGUUUGUCAAUCCACUCAGUGCACUGCAGUCAAUCAUGAACACACACUUGGGCAAGGCAGCUAAGCCCCUGAGCCCCAGCCUUGACCCCUUGGCCAUGCUGUACAAAAUCAGCAACAGUGUGCUGGAUAAGCCCAUCUUCCCUGCCACACAGGCCAAGCAAGCAGAUAUCGUAGACCGAUACUACUACGAGAACAACGAUCAGCCCAUAGACUUAACCAAAUCAAAGAGCAACAAGAAGCUGAUUUCCGCCAUGACGGAAACAAUUCUCUCGUCUUCGCGGGAAAAUGCGCUAUUGGACAUCUCCGACAUGGUGAAGAACCUCACAGGGCGGCUGACACCCAAGUCGUCAACUCCUUCGACGGUGUCGGAGAAAUCGGAAGCCGACGUCAGCAGCUUCGAGGACACCUUGGAUGAUAUAUCUCCGGUACAGAAGAGAAAGGGCAGGCAGUCUAACUGGAAUCCCCAACACCUCCUGAUGCUGCAAGCCCAGUUCGCGGCUAGUUUACGGGAAUCUUCUGAAGGCAAAUUCAUCAUGUCGGACUUAAACCUCCACGAGCGGGUGCACAUUUCAAAGUUUACCGGCCUUUCCAUGACCACGAUAAGCCAUUGGCUAGCCAAUGUCAAGUACCAGUUGAGAAGGACAGGUGGAACAAAAUUCCUGAAGAACUUAGACACAGGUCACCCGGUUUUCUUCUGUAAUGAUUGUGCCUCCCAGUUUAGGACUCCUGCCAGCUACAUAGCUCACCUGGAGAUUCAUUUAGGAUUUUCUAUGAAGGACCUCUCCAAGUUAUCAGUAGAGCAGCUUCGCGAGCAGCAGGCAGUUGCUAAGGUGAUACCAAAUAGACCCCUGAACUCAGUUGGGAUGUCAGAGGAGGAUGUAAACUCGACAUUCCAGUGUAAAAUGUGCAACAGGACAUUUGUAAGCAAACAUGCAGUCAAAUUGCACCUUAGCAAAACACAUGGCAAGUCUCCAGAGGACCAUCUGUUGUAUGUAACUGAGUUUGAGAAACAAUAGUACCCAGAGAGAAGACGAGGAACAAGCUUUCUUGAGAUCUUGCCCACUUUGUGGCCUGUCCUCCUGAUGUCCUCUGCCUGCCCCUUGGUCGUGCAUCACUCUUUCUGUCACAUUGAACUCCAGAUGCUCCUACCCCAGAGAAAUGUUCCGACUCCGGCAAUUCUUCUUCAUUCUCACUAACAAUUUGGUAAUGAAAUAUUGAUUUUUAGUUAGAUUCAUAUUGAUGCUAUUAGGUUUGCAUCGAUAAAUCAUGUUGCCCUCCUCUGUGAACAGAUAGAGAGCACUGCACUGAACCCUGGAGAUUACAUUCAAGUACACUGAUGUGUUAAUUUGAUGGAUCUUUCACCAUUAGAGGAGUAAGAGUGUGUGUCGGGAGACAGGGGGUAGGAGGGGGAAAGUGAUAAUAAGAGAGAAAGACCUUAUUUCCCCCUCCUUGCUUUGCUCCGGUUUUAUUUUAACAACAAAACACCUACGCUGACAGGUUCAUUGCUGAAGAGUGAUGGGAAAAUGCAAAUAAAUUAGGAGCUGCAGUAACUGAUCUGCUUGGAGUGAAGUCAACGUGCUCGAGACAGCAAAGGACAUGGUCCUCCUCAACCGAGUGUACUCUGGACUCCUUGCAUGUGAAUGUGUUCUCAGGACUUGUGUGACCUUCCCCCCCAGCCCCCUUCCCAGUGCACCAAGGUACACACAGGAAUGCAACAAGGCUGUUCUCUGCAACGUCAUGUCUGCUUAAACACCGCAGAAAGGUGACUGGUCUUCACUGGAAAACGACCAGCAUGGAUGGUAGAUCAUAACGCUGUACCAGUGUGCAAGGUCAAGCAACCCAGGACUGUAAGAAGUGGGAUCGACGGAUUUGUAAAUGUCAGAAGAGGACUGAUUGUGAUGGGUUAAAGUGUUCAAUCUGCUGGACGUGACGGACUGUUCUUCCUUCCCUCACCAGUCAGUGGACCAAGGAAAUUUACAAACUCAUUGGGAGACUUGUUCCAUUGCGUCCACGUCUACAGUCAGAAGGGACAAUGGAACGUGUGGGAAGGGAGGAAUUGCACAGACACAAAAUGAACCUUUUACCCUUGAGUGCCACCUAUCUGCCCAACCUUGGGCCCACCAGGAGUUGGAGGCAGCAAAUGGUCAGUAGGGGCUAAGUUGUGAGUGGGUGGGGUUCGGGCAAGGUUGUAAUAUAGCCCUCAACAGGCCCACCCUACUAAAGCUCUGACUUUUUCACACGAGCCUGAGCAUUUAUGGCUGUCGAAGCUCUAAACGAGCCAUGUUUGGGAAGAGAAGGGAAUGGGUUCAACAAAAUGGUGGCUGGGGAAGAUGGGAUCUUUGAACUGGACAAAAAAAGAA